AUGAUGCUUCAUCAAGACGAUUUAAUUGAAGAUAUACCUCUUCGAAUAUGUCAUAUUUUAUCAAUUCUUCCAGCUUGUUAUUGGGCUAUUCAUUUUGUCUUUGGAAAAACACAGGUAAAACGUAUACUAUAUGUUCAUAUUGAAUACGCAUGGGAAAUUUGGAUGGCUAGUAUUUGGUUUAUAGUUUGUGCAUUUCUAUUUUAUAAAUUAACAAGUGGUUUAUUGUUAAGAUGGCAUAUGAAGUAUUCAUAUCCAGCUAUAUUAAUUAGAUUAAUGUCGUUAAAUUUAAUGAAUGGAUGUUUAACUAGACUUUUUGUAUCAUUUUCAUCAAAUAAGAUUCAACAACUUUUUUGCGCAAUUCUAAUGACAUGUAUUUUAGCAUGUAUAUAUAUUAUACAGAAUUAUGUGACAAGUAAUUUUUCACAAUUAGGAAUUACAAAAGCUCCAAAACGACUGAAUUUAAUAAAUAUUGCAAUAUAUGUAAUGGUACCUAUUGGUUUUGCUAGUUUUAUUACAAUGUUAUGUGCGUUAUUUCAUAUAAAAUAUUCAUGA